UGACACGGUAACAUCGCAGCUAAAAAAUAUAUUUGUAUGAAAUAAAAUUACAUAAAUUAUCAGGAAUUGAAAUACUCGGGAAAUGGCAUUCCAUGGCGGAGUCAAUGCCAAGGGAUACUUUAUUCCCUUCAGUGAACUCACCAAGGGGAUAAAAACGACUCAGUUGAAGACAGCAAAGGGGAAGUGUCAUUCUGAAAAAUCUGACAUACUAUCUGAUCGAUUUAAGGGGGGAACUUCGCAAAGAUCACCGACCAUAUCCGGAUGUACAUUCCAAUUGACCCCAAAAUCUGAUCGCAUUGGAAGGAAGAAAAGGCGGCCUAAGGAGGACUUUCACAAGGAUCAUAGUUUGAGCGUUAAGAUCCAAAAAUCGUCUCCAUUAUCAUCAUCGGGUAAAGAGGUGAAGAAGAAGCGCAUAAAGAAGAUAAAAACGGGUUCCCCAGGGUCCUCACCAUCGUGUGGGAAUCCUCGUAAAAGCGUCAAGCGAUCGCUGGAUACCAAAAAUUCUUCAGCCUCAUCAACGCCUGGAAAAACCUUCCGAAUAAUUAAGCGAUCAGAGAUCCACAAAUCCCAACCAUCUCCGUAUGGGAAUCUUCCAAAGAAGAUUAAGCGAUCGGGGAAGACCCGCAAAUCUCCAGCCUCAUCAUCGUCUGGUAGUAACCUCAAGAAGAAAACCCGCAAAUCUUCGUCUUCUUUAUCGCCAGGUCGGACAUGUAAUAAGGACUCUCGCAUGAACAUGAAGCGAUCACCAGUGAUGCAGAAACCGAUGUCCUCUCCAUAUUCAAAAGCGGUCUUUCGUGGAAUUAGCCGCAUAAAGGCCAACCAAUCCUUGCAGACCCGGAUUCCUCAAUCUUCAUCAUCGUCAGGUGGUACUUUAAACAAAGAUCCUCGUAUGAAUAGGAAGAAGCAAUCGUCGGAGAGCUGCAAGUCGACAUCGACGGAUGAAGGGUUUAAUGGAUCGAAACUCAUGAAAACUAAGGAAUCACCGAAUUUUAAUUUUUCUCCACUGUCAUCGUAUGGUGAGGACAUGAAUAACGAUCUCAUGAUUUCCCUUUCACCAAUAUCUGAAUGCGCUUCCUCUGAUGACGCAUCUCCUGGGGGAUAUCGCAUGACGAGACAACGGUCGUCAGAUGUCCAUAUAUCAAUAUUUGAAUCGUCCCCGGAUUCAUGUAUAUCCAAAAAGAAGCGGUCACUUCUCGAUCCGACAUCUGAUGAGCUCCGCACCAGGAAAAAACUUUUGAAUUUGAUGCAUAAAUCUCAUCUGCGCACUUCAACAUCGGUCGCAUCAGUUCCUGAGAAUGAGGAUGGCGAUACUCCCACAAACAUAAGGAGUCCCAUAUCGCAGAAGGGAACACCAAACUCCCCAAGGUCUCAGGAAGAAAAUCAUCUUAAGCAGGAAAAUGUGAAGCCCUGGGCCUGGACCUACGACGACUGGCUGGCAUGCAAGCGAAGGCAGCGCAAGGAGCAGCAGUACCGACAGAUGGAAGAACGCGCCGCCAGGGAUUUUUACGCGGCUCAGCGUAAGGAAAUAUCACAGAUGGUCUACCAGAUGUGGCUGAAAAACAAGAAACGUGAGGAGGAGGCACAACGCGUUCAGAAUCACAUACAGGUAGCGGCUCUCAAUGCCAGCUUUUCGCUGAAGAGUAAUCCCAUAACAGUGGUCGCCGCUGCCAAACCAGUUCGCAAUAUAUCCAAGGAGGAGAUCAAUCUGGAGCUUGAAAACUGGCGUCUGAAGAAGAUCCAGAUGCAGAGGUCCAAGCGCCAGGAGGAACAACUGGCGAAGAUUAAGCACGAAGAGGAUCUAUUCCAUCGCCAGAGACAGUCCGAAAUGGCGAUUAAGAAGUGGUUCAGCACCGUCCACACGAAGCCCAAGCCGGUGCCAAUGAACCAGGGCUUCGACUCGUUGCGUGGCACAAUCUCAAAGCUGUAUAUAAAUCCUCAACCAUGGGUGCAGUAAAAAAAUAAUU